CUGUAUUGACACUAAUUUGAAUGUAUGACAGCAUUACAGGCAUUGUCUGAAUGUAAGCAAAGGGUUGUCUGAUAUUUAGGGAAAAGGCGUUUAUUAGAGACAUAGGAGACAUGGCUUUCAUUGUUGUCGGCUUUGAGACCAUAAAGAUAUAUAACAAGAGUUGAGUGACUGAUCCAACAUUAGUUUAGACGACCAACACAUCCAUCGACAUAAUCAUUGUUUCAGUCAAGACAUUGCUUGUAAAUCACUGAUACUUUGCUUUGAUAUUGUAUUUAAAGCUAAUAUUAUACGAAAUUAAUAAUAAUAUUAAAUAGUUUUCGCGUGAAGUUUCAAUCCAACGCUUUUUAGGCCGAUUUUGUCACAACUGACUGUUUGUAUCAUUUGACUAAUUGUGACGAAAUGCCGAACUCCUCGUCACCGGAAGGUUCAGUCAAAAGUGAAGACAACUCAUACAAUAGUGACUCAAAUAUCAAUCACAACAAUAUCAACGACAAUAGUGAUAGUGAGGCAAACAACAACUCCGACAGUGACUCUGAUGGCGACAAAUCAUCGAAUAACAAACUGAACUCUUCCAACAACAAGAGUGGCAGUGAUUCAGACGAUGAGAACUACAACAACAACAAUAACAACAACAACAAUGGCAACAAUUAUGACAGUGAAUCCCAGUCUCAAAGUCAGAAUGAUUACAGCUCUCAAUCUAUUAAAAGAGAGAGAAGUGAUUCAGAAGCUGGAGAUGAUAGCGACGACGAACCGUUGUCAAAGAAGUUGACGAAACACGUGAAGAAAGAGAAAAGUGAUUCGGAAGACGAAUAUUCACCACAAGAAAAGAAGUCGAAAUCAAGUAAAAGCACAGCAAAAGUGAAGAAAACGAAAGACACAAAAGGUAGGAAACGGAAGAAUGACUCGGAUUAUGAAUCGGAGUACGAUUCAGAAGAGGAGGAAAAGUACAAACCGAAGAAAACUAAGAAAAAGAAGUCCUAUUCUGAUGACGACGACGACGAUUACAAGGAAUCCAAGAAAAAGUCAAAGAGUAGUAAAAAUGACAAAAAGAGUGAUUCCAAAAGCAAAAAGACGGUUAAAAAAGAGAUUAAUUCGAGUCCUGAAAAGAGUCCUAAGAAAAGAGUAAAAAAAGAAGAAAAUGAAGAACACAUAUGGAAGUGGUGGGAGGAAGAGAGUCACGGAGAGGGCAUUAAAUGGAAAACAUUGGAACACAAAGGACCAGUGUUUCCACCCGAUUACGAACCACUUCCUAAAAGUGUUAAGUUUUAUUACGAGGGAAAGGCUAUGCGCCUGAAACCACCGGCUGAAGAAGUGGCAGGUUUUUAUGCCCGAAUGCUGGAACACGACUACGUAGGCAAAGAUGUCUUUAAUAAGAAUUUCUUUAAAGACUGGCGAAAGACAAUGAAUGCAGAAGAGAAAGAAGUUAUUACUGAUUUAAAGAAAUGUAAUUUCAAAGAACUGGCCGAACAUUUUAAAACAGAAUCGGAGAGACGGAAGAAUAAAACUAAAGAAGAAAAACAAGAGAUUAAAAAGCAAAAUGAAAAACUUAUUGAAGAAUAUGGUUAUUGUGUUGUUGAUGGACACAAGCAAAAGAUUGGCAAUUUUAGAAUAGAACCGCCGGGUCUUUUCAGGGGCCGAGGAGAGCAUCCAAAGAUGGGUAGAUUGAAGAAACGGGUCCGACCUGAAGAAAUCAUUAUCAAUAUUGGAAAGAAAGCAAACGCUCCGAAACCACCCGAAGGUCACAAAUGGAAAGAAGUGCGUCACGAUAACACCGUUACGUGGCUCGUCUCGUGGACUGAGAAUAUUAUGGGUAAUGUUAAGUAUAUUAUGUUAAACCCGUCAUCAAAAUUGAAGAGUCAGAAAGAUUGGAUGAAAUAUGAGAAGGCCAGAGAACUGAAGAAAUAUAUUAACAAAAUUAGAGACGACUAUCGCUGCGAUUUUAAAGCCAGAGAAAUGGUUAAACGACAGCGAGCUGUUGCGCUUUAUUUCAUCGAUAAGUUAGCCUUAAGAGCUGGUAAUGAGAAAGAAGAAGGAGAGACUGCAGAUACUGUUGGCUGUUGUUCACUUCGUGUCGAACACAUCCAACUUCACAAAGAAAAAAAUGGAAAGGAAUAUGUGGUUGACUUUGACUUCUUAGGUAAAGAUAGUAUUCGUUAUGAGAAUUCUGUGUCAGUCGAGAAAAGAGUUUUUAAGAAUUUGCAGCAUUUUAUGGAGAAUAAGAACGAUGGCGACGACCUCUUUGACCGAAUAGAUACGGCUGACCUCAAUCGCUAUUUGAAUUCAUUGAUGGAUGGCUUGACUGCCAAAGUAUUCAGGACUUAUAACGCAUCGCAAACACUGCAAACUCAGUUAAAUGAAUUGACAAAAGCAAAUAUGAGUGUUCCCGAAAAGAUAUUGGCCUAUAAUAGAGCUAAUCGCGCUGUUGCUCUCCUUUGUAACCAUCAAAGAGCUGUUCCCAAAACGUUUGACAAACAAAUGGAGAAUUUGGAAGUGAAAAUUAAAGACAAGAAAAAAGUAGUAAAAGAAGCGAAAAAGGCUUACAAAGACGCUAAAAAAGGUAGCGAUUCUGGAACUAAAGCAAAACUCAAGAAAAGAUUGGAUACACUCGAGGAUCAGCUCCAGAAAUUAGAAGUACAGAGAACUGACAAAGAAGAGAACAAACAAAUAGCUUUGGGAACAUCUAAACUCAAUUAUUUGGAUCCCAGAAUCAGUGUCGCCUGGUGCAAAAAAUAUGAAGUUUCCAUCGAUAAGAUAUACAAUAAAACACAAAGAGAUAAAUUUCGGUGGGCUAUAGAAAUGGUUGGCUCUGAAUAUCAAUUCUGACCGCGCAUUGACUAUCUAUUUCAUAAAAAUGGAUAUUUAGUUAGAAUUUUAAUCAUUUAUACCACAAAUUAAUUUAAAAAACAAAAAUUCAGACAAAAACAAAAAUUAAAUGUUUUUUGUUAUCCAUUC